AUGGAUCGCGUUCUGGUUCAUAUGGACAGGUACGAGGAACCGAAGCCGCUCAAACAUUUUCUAGUGGACCUAGCGGAUCGAGGACACCCAGGACUGUCACUAUCUCAAACACAGUACAAGUGGUGGUCGAACAACGGAAAGACUUUCCGAUUCCUCGAUCUGCCCCAGGAAUUGCGACUCAAGCUACUCGUACAUGUCCUCGGCACGAACAUCCAGCCCCAUACUGUCACUCGUUCUCAACUUCCCGAGCAAGUUGUGCUCGGCUCCAAGCGAAGAAACCCUGAUUGGAACAGCCGCCUGAGUUUGGAAUACCCUAAUUACGCAAUCUUCGGCGUCAGCAAGCAGGUUCAUCAAGAAGCGAAAAUGGGAGGCAAUCCCUGGCAAGAGCGGGUGGAUGUCAAUUGGGGAGCCCCACAAUUCCGCAAUGUCCAAGGGCAACCUUGUUAUCGGGUCAUCAUCGACUGGAUCUUAACUUUCGCCUAUCCUUACGUAAAGCACAUCCCUAAGGUCCACUUGCAAGGCCACAUCAAGAAUGUGACCAAGACAAAGUGGGACCGCAUCUUUCUGACCGAAUACCUACUGGGUCAGGGCAAGGAGAUCGGUCACCAUGGCUUCGUAUACCAAUCCGCACUAGAUGUCAUCUCGAACGAGCCUGCCUUCGCACUUGCGCCACACUGCUACUGUCCCAAGUCCUGCAUCAAAAAGUACGAGUGGUGGCCGUGCGGGAGAGAGGUCAAGGAUCGCGAGCGUCGCCGGCAGCUUGCAGACACCUUCGACUUCAACGACACUUUCCGAGAGGAAGACUUUGAGGCCUGCCUAGAGCCCCUAGAGACGGAGGAGGUGCAGACCGCACCAUACCCUCUUAUUCCUGACAGGAAAUUCCUGGAGUAG